AUGCUGGAUAGGGGGUUUGUGAAGGAUGUUACGAGCGAUCUUCUGGGCAGGCAUCUCGAGAGCAGCAGAACAAUUUAUAGCGGCCUGGAUCCUACCGCUGAGUCACUGCAUGUCGGACAUCUACUGCCUCUGCUCGCCUGCUUGCAUCUUCAUCUAGCAGGACAUAGAGUGAUUCCACUCAUCGGCGGUGCGACUGGCUCAAUAGGAGAUCCGUCAGGAAGAUCAACAGAACGUUCACUGAUUAAGGCAGAGACUCUCGAUAAGAACAUAGCAACCUUAACAAAACAAUUGGGCGUUUUCUACGAGCGAGGUAGAGAAUACGCGCGACAUCACGCCCUUUAUGACUCUACAAUCGGGGAAAUAAGUGUCUUAGACAAUAAGGAAUGGUUAGCGAAGCUCUCUUUACUAGAGUUCCUGUCGACUACCGGAAAAUUAAGCAACAUUGGACCUAUGCUGGCUAGAGAUUCAGUGAAAAAUCGCUUGGCCAAAGGUAUCUCGUACACCGAAUUCACUUAUCAGCUACUCCAAGCUAGAGACUUUGAGCAUCUCUUCACCAGCCACGAAUGUACAGUGCAGAUUGGUGGUAGCGAUCAAUGGGGGAACAUAACCGCUGGCGUUGAAUUGAUCAGGCGCGUCACCUCAGAUGAAACUACUCAAGAUAAGGCUUUUGGAUUAACAUUACCGCUUCUUACAACAAGCAGUGGUGAUAAAUUUGGUAAAAGCGCUGGAAAUGCUAUUUGGUUAAACUCCUCCCUCACUUCUGUCUUUGACUUCUAUCAAUUUUGGCUCAAGACACCUGAUGCGGAUGUGGAGAGGUUCCUCAGGCUGCUCACUCUUGCUCCGUUGAGUGAUAUUGAGCAACUCAUGGAGCAGCAUAAAGUUGUACCUGAACAAAGAUCUGCUCAGCGGCGGCUUGCUGAAGAAGUAACCACUUUGAUUCACGGGAGAAGUGGACUGGAAAUUGCACGCAUAGCCACGGGUGUUCUGUUCGGAAAAGACUUGUAUGCACUCAAGACACAUCAGGUCGUAGCUGCAUUCGAAAAUGAUUCUCGACUAGUAAGGAAAUUACGCAGUGAUGUAGUAGGCCAGCGUCUGACACGAGUGUCAACAUUUGGUCGGACUGUAAAAUCGACAUCACAAGCCAAAACACUCGUUGCUUCAGGAGGAGUAUACGUCAAUGGUGAAAGGAUGACAGAUGUCAACAGAACACUGACGGAGGAAGAUAUCAUAGACAAUCACCUGAUCUUCAUCAGAACUGGCAAAUCAUCGCAUUUGAUUAUACACUUAGACUAA